AUGACCACGCUGCUCUCCGCCUGCUGCCUCCCCCUGCUGCUGCCCCUGAUGCUGCCCCUGCUCCUGCUGAGUUGUGAAGCAAAGAUCAACUCGACGCGCUCCUCCAAAGACAUCUACACUUUCACCAAGAUUCUGGACAGCCUGCUGGAUGGAUACGACAACCGUUUGAGACCAGGGCUAGGAGAUCGAGUGACCGAGGUGAAGACUGACAUCUAUGUGACCAGUUUUGGACCAGUCUCAGACACAGACAUGGAAUACACGGUGGACGUGUUUUUCCGCCAGAGCUGGAAAGACGAGAGACUCAAGUUCCACGGACCGAUGAACAUCCUGCCCCUGAACAACCUGAUGGCCAGCAAGAUCUGGACCCCUGACACCUUCUUCCACAACGGCAAGAAAUCUGUGGCCCACAACAUGACCAUGCCCAACAAACUGCUGCGCAUCAUGGAGGACGGCACCCUGCUCUACACCAUGAGGCUGACUGUUCAAGCCGAAUGCCCCAUGCAUCUGGAGGACUUCCCUAUGGACUCUCACUCCUGCCCUCUGAAAUUUGGAAGCUAUGCCUACACCAAAACAGAAGUGACCUACAUCUGGACGCGAAAUGCCAGCGAGUCCGUGGAGGUCGCGCCAGACGGAUCCAGGCUGAACCAGUACGACCUGGUGGGGCAGACGGUGGGCAAAGAGGUCAUCAAGUCCAGCACCGGUGAAUACACGGUGAUGACAGCCCACUUCCAUCUGAAGAGGAAAAUUGGUUACUUUGUCAUUCAGACAUAUCUGCCGUGUAUCAUGACGGUCAUCCUGUCCCAGGUUUCCUUCUGGCUCAACAGGGAGUCUGUGCCCGCCAGGACCGUGUUUGGAGUGACCACGGUGCUGACCAUGACCACUCUGAGCAUCAGCGCCCGGAACUCUCUGCCCAAAGUGGCCUACGCUACAGCCAUGGACUGGUUCAUCGCCGUGUGCUACGCCUUCGUCUUCUCCGCUCUCAUCGAGUUCGCCACCGUCAACUACUUCACCAAGCGCGGCUGGGCCUGGGACGGGAAGACCGUGGUGGAGGACAAGAGAAAGGAGAUGGCCAUCGUGAAGAAGAACAACGCCUAUGCCGUGGCGGUGGCCAACUACUACCCCAGCCUGCCCAGGGACUCCCCCAUCCCCACUAUCUCCAAGUGCGCCCCCUCAGACCCCAUCAAGAGCCCGGCCCUUACCGUCACCAAGACCGAACAGCCCAAGAAAACCUUCAACAGCGUGAGCAAGAUCGACCGCCUGUCCCGCAUCAUGUUCCCCGUCCUGUUCGGAGGCUUCAACCUGGUCUACUGGGCCACCUACCUCAACAGGGAACUGGUGAUUAAGGAUAUGGAGACUUUUAGUUAG